AUAAAGCCAGCCCUCCCACACACACACACACACGUCCCAGAACAGGUUGAGAAAGGAGGAAGUGAGUGGCAGAGUUUACAAUAGACUUCUCAGCACUUCUCUGUCAGCCUGCAAGUCACUGACACAAGGCACUUGUGCUGCAUAGCUUCACCAAGCAUCACUCACCCCCGCAGCUUUGUGUUUUGGAUGAUUCCUACGGAAGUUGCAAGCGAUAGCGGAAUGAACCAUGCGGGGGGUUCAGGGGAGCCCCCUCCUUCUCCAACUGCUAGCAGCGUGAGGAAGCGGCUCAGCGUUGGGGAGCUGCGGUUGAUGUUUGAAGCUCGGUGCACGCCGGAGAGGAACGGGCAGAGGGAGCCGAGGAAGAGGAGGAUGGGCAGCGGGAGUUGGCACAGGAGCAAUGGGGAGGUGGUGGAGCAGCCGCGGAUGGGGAGCUGGGAGCCUCUAACUAUCCCACACUUAAUGGUUACCAGCUCCGAGGAGCCGCCGCCGCCUCCUCCCAGCCCAAGCGCUGUGCUGCUGGACUUGCCCGGCUGGGAUGGACUGAAGGGAGAAGGCUUGCUUAAACUGGCCAGCCGCCGGCUCUCUGUGUCCAACACUUCGCUCUCCUCCACCGGCUCUUCUUCUGCAGUGGAGGACUCCGAGGAUGAUCUGCUGAGCGACUCUGAGAGCAAGAGCCAGGGACAUGUGGAUUUAGAGCACAGCGAGGAGAACAGUCUGAAAUCAUGGCAGAAGAUCAGAACGAUGGUGAACAUUCCUGUUUUCAGUCCCUUCAAAAGACGUUGGGUACAACUUGCUGGGCACACAGGGAGUUUUAAAGCAGCAGCUAAUGGUACAAUUCUAAAACGCUACUCAGAAAAUGAGAAGAAUGCGUUUGAGCUGGUAAUGAAGGACUCCUUGGUUCACUGUGCCCCUGCAUUCCAUGGUGUGGUUGAGCGAGAUGGAGAAAGUUAUAUACAACUGGAUGAUCUGCUGAAUAACUUUGAUGAGCCUUGUGUUAUGGACUGUAAGAUGGGGAUCAGGACAUAUUUGGAGGAAGAGCUGACAAAAGCCAGAGGAAAACCAAAGUUAAGGAAGGAUAUGUACAAGAAAAUGAUUGAAGUGGAUCCACUAGCCCCCACCGAAGAAGAGAAUGCUCAGCAAGCAGUGACAAAGCCUCGGUACAUGCAAUGGAGAGAGACAAUCAGUUCAACCUCAACCUUGGGCUUUAGAAUUGAAGGAAUAAAGAAAGGAGAUGGCACAUGCAACACACAUUUUAAAACAACCAAAACCAGGGACCAGAUUGACCAAGCAUUCCUUCAGUUUAUUGAUGGCAACAAAGACAUUUUGAAUAAAUAUCUAUGCAGACUGCAAGAAAUCAGAGCCAUCGUUGAGUCUUCAGAAUUCUUUAAGAGGCAUGAGGUGAUUGGAAGCUCCUUGUUGUUUGUACAUGACAAGAAAAGCAAGGCUAACGUUUGGCUAAUAGAUUUUGGCAAGACAACACAGUUGCCUGAAGGCCAGGUCCUGGACCACCGUAUACCUUGGCAAGAAGGGAAUAGGGAGGAUGGUUACCUUUAUGGAUUUGAUAAUCUUAUUGACAUAUUGACCUGUAUUUCUUCCUGAUGAAGAGUCCAUCCUAAACUUACUGACCACUACACUAGGAUAUUUUUUUUUUGUAUCUUAAAGCAUGUUGCUGCCAGUAACUGAUUGGUAUUUAGCCAUGGAUUUGACAUUAUGGUGAUGGAAACUGAAGAUGUUUUUAUUAAAAUCAGAUUUGCCUAUAAUGUACAGCUUUCCCUUGAUGUCUCAUAAUGCAUGUCUCCAGCAGAACCAUAUAUCUCAUCAUGACAGGUGAUAUGUCCCUACACCAACACUCCUUCUUUAAUCUGAAACAUCCAGUCACUUAAGUUAAUGUGGUACAUGGAUAUUUCAUAGAUGAAGAUACAUUGCAAAGCCAGGUUUAUUCAAUAAGACUUCACUACUGGUUAAUGUAAUGCUACAUACCAGCAACUGCAAAGCCAGAACAUCUUGCUUUUACAGAAAACAUAUUUUGGUCAUGGAUUCAGCAUUUUCUACGCUGCUAUCAAACAACAGACAGGUGGAUUUAAGACGUUAAUUGCAAUGCAAGGAUGCAAAGAUGUGAAAGCAACAGGAGUUAGAGCCUUAGAAUGAUAGCAUUUAAUGGAUUAUCAACCAAUCCAGACUUGUUUUGAUGGCAAACUAUUUGUUAUGGAGUUUCCAGAAAAAAUGAAUUGUACCACGUACUUUCCUGAAUUCAUAACGAUAUAUCCAGCUGGUGGAUUUUGCAAUCAAACUGUACUAAUAAGAAAUGUUCAGAAUGAUCAAAUAAGCGGUACACCACUGGUCACGCAAAUGUCACGGGAUUCAAGGUUACUAGAGAAAGAAUGAUGAUAAAAUGCAGCCCCAAUGGAAUGAAACAGAAAGCAUAGCGUCAGACUCGUCAGUUAUUUGCAUUUCCAUUCAUGGUUGUCUGUCAGGGAAAUCUGAUCUGUAUUUUUUUCAGUAGCUUCUUCAUUUAUGUUCUGGUUUAUUUUAUGGGAAUAUAUAUUUCAGUUGGGUCGCUGUAGACUUUACUAUAGGCUUAAAUGUUAACAGGUCUUGCAGGGGGGACCUUGAUAGUCUGAGUUCCCUUCCACUUCCAACAAAUUGCCGAAUCACUUUAACUUUAUGAAACACUUUUCUAAAGAUAAAUUAUACUAUGCAAAUAGUAGCAUCCUCAGGAAGAGUUGUGUAUCAUAAGAUAUAUAUUUAGCAAAAUAUAUUAUCACAAAUAGAAACAAGGGUUUAUUAUCACAGUUACAUUUAUAUCAUCAGACGUUAUAACCUAUGUGCUAUAUUUGUUCAGAAUGACGAUUGCUGGUGCUUUAGUAUUGUAUAAAUUCUAGUCCAAGGCAGGCAGCGACUGUCAGUUUAAAACCUUAAUUCUAAGCAUGGUAAAUUGGCAGUUUUCACAAUAGCCACAGUUGCAAUGGUUUUCUACCCUUUUACCAAAAUCUAACAUGGAUUACUCAGGAAGAAUGAAAUAAGUACAUCAUUUAACUACCUAAUUGUCUGAUUUACUGUAAUUCUAUCAGUAAACAUGGCUGUGUUUGGGGAUCACUUGUGGAAGGAAAUGUAUGUUAUUUUAAUCUCUGUCAGUUUAAAGAGGUCACAGUUAAUAUUACUGCUGUAGUCAUGAUUUCAGAUACAAAUGCUCAGUAUGUUAAAUAUAUGUAUGGCUUGAACAUCAAAUUAGUAAAGCUUUGGCAACUUUGUAUUACCUAAGGUUGAAACAAGCACAUCUAAAGUAUUGCAAUAUGUUAUAUGUGAGCAAGAGAUAUUAAAUUAUAGAGCUGGAACUGCCACACUGAUCACUCCACAGACUUUAAAGGCCCCAAUAUAUGGGCAGAUUACAUUGGCAGUUUAUUGCCCAGUGUAUGGGGCCGGCUUACAAAUCCACUUAUAGCAAACGUCCGGAACUAGCAUAUGUGAGUCCGCUCUUUUGCGUGCAUUUCAGUUUAAUAACAUUAUUUAUCUUAUGCUUAACAGCACCUUCAAGAUACUGGUUUCAGUUUUUUAAAAUAUAUUUUUUGAGGCAAAUCUGAUAAAACACUUGUUUGUUUCUACAGUAACUGGAAACAUAUCCCGAGAUAUAGUGCUAACAUUACUUGAGAAUUUCUACAGUUUGGCAAACGUUUUUAUAGUUCAAGAAAUUGCAUUUUAUUUUUGACUUUAUUUAAAGAAAUUACAAAAGGAAAUCCUAUAUGAAUUGCGGUAAGUAAUUGGGGAUGGAUACAUGCCACUGUGCCAGGAUAUUGGUUUCAAACCUACUUGUCGGCCAUUACAUGCAUUGGGAUCUGCACAUAACUUCACAGACUCAAUUUAUAAAAUCUUGAUAGAUACAAUAUGGUCCUUAUGAAUUACAAAUAUGGUAUUCAGUUGGCAUUAAUUAAUGCCCCAUGUGCCAACUUUGCUUGGUCUAGCAACACUUUGGGGGUUAUUUACUAAAACUCAAUUUUUCCUGGUUGGGCUUCUUGGGGCAAUUUUUUGUGGGGAAAAGAAAAACUCAAGAUUUAUUAUACCCCGUUGUUGCAAAAAGCCCAACUCUGAAAUCCCAGCAUCUCAAACCUGUUGAGGUCAUGUAAGUCAAUGGCAGAUGUCCCUAUUCAAAUUUUAAGAUAUCACAGUCUUUACUGGGUUUAGCCAGAUAAUCUGAAAAAUUCAGGGUUUUCAGGCAAUAACUAGAAAAAAAAACAACCAAUCUGGGAGAAAAGUACAAAACAUUAGUACAAUUCGAGUUUUCGCUUGCUUUUAUCGAGUUUUUUUUCCCAACCAGACUUUUUUGAGUUAUUUUAAUGAUAAAUAAGGUAAAAUCGUGGAUGGGGGUUUGGUCGAGCUUUCUUUAUUUAAAAAAAGAUGAGAAAAAAACGGAUUUUAGUAAAUUCUGCCAGCAUUGUCUUUGGGGGGGAAAGGUAAAGAAGACCCAGUAGGCCCGGCUUUACUUUUGUCCUUCAGCCAAAAAAGUAGUUAGUAAUAAACAUAUUUGCAGUUUAGGGUACAGUGCAGUGGUUGCCUUAUGAAAAUAAAAGGGUAAACAUAACUGAUUCACUCCCAUUAUCUCAGUAAAAUCAGAAAAAAAGAAUAAAGAGAGUGUUGUAUUAUAGUGUUAUGUUGAAAGGGAUGGUACCCUUAAAGUUUACAAAUAUCUUGUUCAGGGUUGGCCAGGCAGCAACUCUCCAGUGAAACUAUGACUCCCAGUCUGUGGUUUUGUCAGGAGAUGCUAAGAUUAAGCUCAGCAGCUGCAGGGGCUUCCCUGAUCUAGAUGGAUCUAUAUUUCAAAGCAAAAACAGUAAUUGAGCAAUACCUGUUACAAAUUCACCAUGUUAAAACCUGUCUCUAGUGAUCUGGUGCCAAAAAUGCCACAAACAUUUGUACAGGCGUUUGCUUAUUCUUCUUCAGUUGUUGCAACAUGUUAGAGGCAAAGAUAAUCAGGUGAGUUAGGGUGAAAUUUUGGAUAAACACAUUUUGCCUAGAACCUCUUUAGGUGACCACACCCUUGCCAAUAUUCUUCCACGUGAGUGGCCAGACACGGUGUAGUCAGCUUUCUGUUGUUCUGUUUGCUCAGGCUAACAGUCGAUUGAACAUUCUUACUGUAUUUGCCUUGAAACAUGGACUUCUAUUGCCUUGAUUCCUAUAGAUAUAUUCUUUAGUCCAUUUUUCUUGAACACUAAACUAAAAUGACUGUAUUACUUUUAUUCACUCCAAAAAUAUCCUGUAUAUUGUUCAUUACAUGUUUUUAUUGUAUGGAUGUAUCAUUACCCGUUAAAAUGUUAUAAAAUAAAACUGCUUCCUUAGCA